AUCUGCUGUUCAUUUCCACUAGCUGUCCUGAGCUUAACCUCUCACAUUAUGCAACAGUCAUUGUGGGCUUUGGAGUUUGAGCCUGGUUCUGGAAAAAGCUUUGCUUCCUUUGCCACUGAAAGAAGCACAGAACACAGAGAACUUCAGUGUAUACACAGCUCAUGAUUCCAGAAUAGUGGCCAUGCAAACUUCACGGGGCCAAUGCUGUGUCCUGGUCCUGGCCGGUGUUUUUCUUCUCUCUACCCCAUACCAUGCUGUCCAGGCUGGAAAAAUCCUUGUCUUUCCUGUAGAUGGCAGCCAUUGGGUCAACAUGAACCUCCUUAUUCAGGGACUUCACGCCCGUGGUCACCAGAUCACCGUGGUGAGGACCGCAAGCAGCUGGUAUGUCAAAGAGAACUCGCCAUACUAUGAUUCUAUCACUGUGACUCUACCGGAACCCAUUAACAUCGAGGACGAAGAGUUCUUCGUGUCCUUCCUCAGCAAGAUGUUGGAGAUCCAGCGGAGUGGGGCAUCACUGCUGGCUUUUAUAAAGUUCUACUGGGAGAUGAUGACAGGGUUGUCCAACAUGCAUCGGCAGGCAAGCCAGCUAGUGGUGGAAAUAUUUGAGAAUCAGGCACUGAUGGAGCAGAUCCAGAAAGCCCAUUAUGACCUGGUACUGACGGACCCUGGGCUUCCUGCAGGGGUUCUGGUGGCCCAUAAGAUGAAACUGCCCACUGUGUUUAACGUGCGAUGGAUCACCAGUGGAGAAGGUCAUUUUGUGAUUGCUCCUUCACCUGUCUCCUAUGUCCCUACGUCUGGGUGUGCAGUGUCAGACAAGAUGACCUUCCUUGAACGAGCCAAGAACAUGUUCCACUAUCUUCUGAACAUGUGCAUUGACCAUUUUGUGGUCAGCCCACAUUAUGAUCAACUGGCAAAACGUUACUUUGGUCCAGACGCAAAUUUCUACCAUAUGCUUCAGGGCACAGACCUCUGGUUGAUGCGAGUGGAUUUUGUUUUUGAGUUUCCGCGCCUAACCAUGCCCAACGUUGUAUACAUUGGUGGCUUCCAGUGUAAACCUUCCAAACCCUUACCGCCUGAGCUGGAGGACUUUGUCCAGGGGUCAGGAGAUGACGGGGUCAUUCUCAUGUCUCUAGGAACUCUUGUCAAAGGACUUCCCAUCGAAAUCACCUCAGAGAUAGCUGCCGCAUUUGCUCAGCUUCCGCAAAGGGUCAUUUGGAGACAUCCAGGAGAACGGCCCCACAACCUGGGCAACAACACACUCUUAGUGAAAUGGAUGCCCCAGAACGACCUGUUGGGCCACCCUAAGACCCGAGCAUUUGUUGCUCAUGGUGGUACGAACGGGAUUUACGAGUCCAUAUAUCAUGGAGUUCCAGUGUUAGGGCUGCCGUUAUUAUUUGACCAGUUUGAGAAUGUCCUUCGUCUGGAGGUCCGAGGAGCAGCCAAAGUGCUUGACGUCACCAAACUCAACAGCCAGCGCUUUCUAGAAGCAUUAAGAGAGCUCCUGCAUGAGCCGUCGUACCGAGAAAAUAUGCAGAGGCUCUCCAGACUGCACCGCGACAAGCCGGUGCACCCUAUGGACAGCGCACUGUACUGGAUAGAGUUUGUUAUGCGCCACAAGGGGGCAGCACAUUUACGCACCGAGUCUUACAAGAUGCCCUGGUACUCUUACCACUCUCUAGAUGUGAUGGCCUUCCUGCUGGCCAUUGUGUCGAUACUAGGGGCUAUUGUAGUGGCCACCGUCCGCUUUAUGUUUCUCAGACUGUGCAGAAACCGCAAAUCCAAACUGGAAUGAGGGAUCAGAGAAUGCUGAUUUUGGGGGGAAAUGAAGAAUGUAAGGGAGAAGACAGUCAUGGCAUUUCAGAGGCAAUGUAACUUUUUGCAUGGAAUCCAAAACAAUGUUUAGUAUAACUCUGUUCAAAAAAUUGAAACUUCACAUCCCAGUGUGUUCUUGUUGUACUGUUCUCUAUGUCCGUGAUUAUGCUCUUAAGUCUCGGGUCAGUAUUGCCACUUGGUCACAGGGUCAGCACGUUAUAAAUACCGUUGUCAUUUUGUGACAGGAUUCUGGAAUCUUCCUUUUUGUCAGAUGCUGUGUUUUAAAGUAGCUCCAAGAUUUCUCACAAAUGCACUUGUGUACGUCUGUACUCUGGCCCAAACACUGCACUUGAAAUUGAAGACAGUCCUUGAUUUUCUCAGCAUAAACCAUAAGAUAAUAAGUUCCUAUGUUUCUUAAGGACAUGUCAGUUACAGCACACAUACUACAAAUAGCAGACAAGUAACAGACAAUGAUUUUUGAUCUGUUUUAUUGUAUUUUAGACGUUUGAACAUAUAAUUUCAAAAAUGAACAUAAUCAGUGUUAUAGAAGUGUUAUACACAUUUAAUGUUAAGACACAAUUUCAGCAUUCCACACUGACAGGUAUAUAUUACAGUCAAUCUAGAUAUGAGUGAGUGAGUUUAGAUUUGACAGGGGGGUUGCCAAUGCUCCAAAGGUUUAAACUGCCCAGUAGGAGAACAGCUAAGAAACAUUUCCAUUGGUCAGUUUUGACUCAGGUUCUCUGGUCAAAUGAGAAAUCUCACUUCACUGGAUCAGAUAUUUAUUUGAAACAUAAUUUGAGAGUGAAAGUUUUGGUAAAAAAAAAAAUGUGUUUUAAAAUAUUUACACUGUUUCAAUCAGACAAAUGUGCCUUGUUUUUAAUCAUUAAAUGUUUGAUCAAUAAGUGAGUGUUUGACAAUGAUCAUUAAAUGUUAUUCUCAGCCCCA